AUGUCUUUCAAUACCUUUUUAUCAAAUAUGUUUGCCACGUCAACCAUAGAUAUCCCUUUUGCAACUAAACUUGAUAUGCAAAAUAAUGUGUUCGAAGCACUUGCCCAUCCCUCUUGUGCACUUCAGGCGCCUGGGUUCGAAAUUUCGUAUAGUAUUAAUGCCAUUCAUAAUUACUGGGGAAGUAAGAAUCUUUCAGAAAUUGUAAACACGAUUUGUGGAUUCGAAAAAAACAUGGGGCUCAGUUACGUUUCAUAUAUACCUUACUAUGGGGAUAACAUGUUGACACAGUUGACAUCACCCGAAAACUUCAACAAAAGUAGCGCUCAUGGAACAUUUGGUGGUGAAAUUACCAGGAACACGCAACUGGCGAAAUCAGACUUCCCAAUACCGAUACUAAUACAACGUUCAAUUGUGAUUCGGCCAGGAGUUUCUCUCUACGUUGAGACAGGUGUUGAACUGCGUUUUCUCCCAUACCGAGGAAUAUAUGUGCAAGGUUCACUGAAAUCGAUUGGUGAGAAUAGUUCCGUUCGGCUGACCAAUGCCAUUGAUGGUCACAUCUGGUAUGGUGUAAUCAUCAACGGAACCUCGUCUCUAGAAAAUGACAACACGCUGCUGUUUGAUACUCAUAUAUCAGGUACCUUCCAUGGGGUCAUAACAUAUGUUCCACACUUCCAAAUUAAGAGGAUCUUUAUAUCGAACUCAUCAAAAGACUGCUUCACCAUCUACCCAACAGUUGAAAAACGAUUAUAUAGUUUUGAGUCUUCUAUACUGGCACAUUGUCGUAAUAAUGGACUGUUUGUAAACGGCAUCGGAAGUUCGAUCAUCGAGGGGCUUGAAGUUCGGAACAGCAGCACAGGGGUGAAAGUGUCAAGUUCUUCAGGUCAGAUAGAGCUGAGAACUGUACUUAUCAGCAACAUUUCAGCCGCUGCGGUCUCGAUCACAUACAACUCGAAUUCUGAAUCAGGAAACGUAUCUAUCACUAACUGUGCUAUCAAUAAUUCGUCUCAGGGUGUUAUAAUUGACAUUAGCAAUUAUGCAACCCCGAACAGAAUUUCAAUCACUAAUAAUGUUUUCCAAAAUAUUUCUUGGGAUGUUCUUCAUCUGAGGUUCUCUACGUAUACGUAUUAUAAUAAAAGGAAUCGAUCUGUUGAAAUAGAUCACAACACAUUCACAAACUCUUGUGGUAUCAUCAUUAACACUUGGAAUGUUGAACAAACUUCUUUCAGCAACAAUGUUAUGAAGGACUCAAUAUGUAACAAAAGACCUGAAUGCUUUUCGACGAUAACAGCGUCUGGAUAUUCACACACAAGUGACAACCGAAAUUAUGAGAUUUCUACUAAUGUUUUUGAAAACAUACAAAGUAGUUCAUGUAUUGUUCAUUUACUGGAUUCUGACUUGCCGCGUUUUAACGGGGCGUUCAUUUACAAUCAACUCAUCGAUAACAAAGCUACUGAUGGUGUUGUCCUAGCGAAUGCAUUUUAUGCUGAAAUAGUGGAGAACAUAUUUGACAAUCCAGCUUCAACAUUUGACGUAUUCACAACUCUUAAAGCAGACAGAAACUUAAAUGUUACAAAGAACUGGUGGGGAAAUUCCGAUGGAAUUAAAGUUUUCAGUAGAAUAUCCGACCAACGUAGAGACCCUGGCUUAGCACGUUUCAACGUCACGCCCACAUUAGCGUCGCGUGAAAUGGAUUGUAGUGGCGUAAACAACUGCAGCAACCAAGGAGAAUGCGUCCGAAAGAACAUGUGCCGGUGUACGACGGGUUGGACAGGCCCCAUGUGCACCGAAUAUGAUUGUGCGGGGAUCAAUCGAUGCUAUGGCAAUGGUAUAUGUGUUGGACCAAACGAAUGCGAAUGCAAUCUUGGUUGGAGCGGAAAACUGUGCAUCCGCGCGUCAUGCAUUAAUGUGAAUGACUGUAGUGGGCAUGGGUUUUGCAUUCGACCAGACACGUGCACGUGCGCUGUGAGUUUCACCGGAAGUAACUGCAGCAGUUGUGUACCGCUUCACUGGGGACAAGAAUGUCGACCUUGUCCAAACUGCAAACAUGGACAGUGUGACUUAAUGACAGGAUUGUGUGUCUGCAAUACUGACAACUGGACGGGCGCCCUCUGCGACAAAUGCAGUGAAGCUUUCUAUGACCCGGAAUGUCUGCCUCUCGUCACUGUUCUUGAUGUGGUACCCCGCCAGGGAAUUGAUAAAGGAGGAAACACAGUACAUGUGUGGGGACACAACUUCCAGGAAAGCAGCUCGUACGUCUGUAAAUUCGGCAAUGUCAUUUCCAAUGGUACGUGGAAGGCGUGGGAUCACGUUGUAUGCGUGGCGCCAAAGCAUCCUGAAGGCGUGGUGACGGUUGAGAUAUCUCAAGAUGGAGUACAUUUCACGAAUAAUAAGAUAAUGUACGCUUUUUACGCAUCCUGUCCAAUAGAAGCGUGUGGCCGAAACCUCAACCCGCCACAUGGCCUGUGCAUCUUUGGUGUAUGUUCCUGCAUUUUACCAUGGCAUGGCGAUAACUGCACAAUGGAAUUACUUCGCCCGGUCAUUGCGCGUCCUCCCGUGCCACAGGCAGCUAACGAGUUUGACGACUACAUGUUAGAACUGGGUCUGACACAGGGUGAUCAACCAGUGCGAUGGGCGUUAUUAGAAGGCUUUAAAGGUUUGAGCUUAGAUGAAAGAAGUGGGCGUGUUUCAUGGAAGAGUAUUCCAGCAAAUAUCAAUCCAUACAUAUUUAGGGUGCAAGCUUCGAACACUAUAGGACAGGACACAGUAACCUGGAACUUAUCCGUGCCAAUCUCGUAUGUCCCAUUUGUGAAUGAAAGCGACUCCAAUCGAAUUCUUCCGUAUCCUCGACCGGUGCAGAUAUCGGGCUAUAUAAAUUUUACUUCGAAAGUAAAAAUGGUGCCUGUGAUGAUUGUCGUAAUUAAUGCUCGAACCGGAGAGCAAACGGUGCUAAACGAAUGGUCCAACCCACUGAAGCCUAGCGUCUUCACAACAACAUACUACCCAAAAGCUGAUGAAUCCGGAUUAUUUAAUGUGAUCGCGCGACACCCAGGUUCGAGGUCUGAUUUGGGACCGCAGAUAUCCUGGUCCGUGCUUGGCAUGCAGUGUAUACCGCCCUCGGUCAACGUCGAUGAAACUAUUCUGAGUCCGGAUGGAACUGUUACUGUGUACAACAUAUCAGAACUACUGAAUGUUGGAGAGUACAACAUUAAUAACAUUUUAAUCAAGGUAGAUGGAAUAGAGGAUACAUUUAUUAAGCGAAAUGUGGACAACGUAAUCGCUGUUGCAGAUAUUGCAGUUUUGAAGCCUCGAGACCCAUUUCUUUUUGAUUUAGUUAUACGGAAUGCUAGACCGCUUUAUGGCACAAUUUAUAUUGUUUUUGCAUCUGACCACGGAACUACAACUCGCCUCAGGAUAAACAUUCGUCUUUCAAUUCAAAAACCCGUGUUAUCGUUUCUUCCAAAUUCCAUCAGUGCAAAUAUUUUACGCGGAACUCAACGAUUUUUUAACAUUGGCAUUAAGAAUAUUGGUAAGGUUGCUGCAACAAAUAUUGAUAUAAGUCUACCGAACGAUCCACGAAUAACGCUGGUGUCGCUGUCCUUAGUUAAUAGCUCAGAGGAUGUUGUCACUGGAGAUAAACUCGGUAUUCCCCCGGAUGGUGAAGCACAGAUGACCUUUGGUGUAACCAUAGGAUCGAACGCCGCUUUAGGAGAAUUUCACGGAACUAUUUAUGUUAAUUCAAAGCUGACUUCUACUCCUUUACAAUACGAGUUCUUUGUCACAUCACUGCAGCGGUUUAAUCUCACCUUCACGAUUAAAGAUGAAUACACGUACUUUGCGGAAGGUUCUCCAUUGGUUUCAGGUGCAAAGGUUUCACUUUCAAAUCCUCGAAGACAGUAUGCACAAACGUUCUACACAACAAACGAAACGGGUUAUGUUGUGUUUGAAAACCUCUACGAAGACCGAUAUACAUUUAGAGCAGAAGCAGAUGGCCACGGCAGCUAUAGUGCUGUUAUUAUUGCUGGUGCUAAUGAAACACACAGAGAUAUAUUUUUGCAAAGAAUUGCUGUAAAAUAUACUUGGACAGUAACUCCAACCACAUUCCAGGAUAAAUAUAUCAUUCAGCUUGAAUCGACAUUCGAAACGAACGUACCUAUGCCAGUUGUUACUAUAGAGCCUUCCCAUAUCAACACUAUACCAUACGAGAUCGGAGAGGAAGACACCAUCAACUUCAAAAUCACUAAUCAUGGCCUUAUAAGAGCGAACAAUGUGAGAUUUUCUCUUCCGGAGGGCCAUCCAUACCUGAAAUUUAAAACGGUCAUCGAUGACAUCGGCAGCGUUGAAGCAAACACAUCAAUAAUUGUUCCGAUUGAAGCAACAUUAAAAACUAGGCCAAAGCGCAAUAUUGUUGCGGCUGUUAUAUGUGGAUUGGCAAUGCUCUAUGAUUACGACUGUGGUGCAUUGCAAACUCGUGCUAUUGACAUCAGCUUGGUACGCGAGACCCCCGACGGGCGGCCUAUGCCGUGUGGACUAUCUAGUGGCGGCGGUGGUCGUGGCGUUGGUGGUGGUAUAUCUUUAAGUGGAGGAGGAGCUAAUACCGGAAGUGGCAGUUCUGUUGAAUACAGUCCAACAACUCCACUAUCAUGUGAUUGUGCAAAAACCCUGAUAAAAAGUUGCGCGUUGGCUUACCACCCGAUAAUUGGUUGUAGCUACGCAAUAACGGAUUUAGGACUGUCAUAUGCGAAAAGCAACGGCGAUUUUAUUCUCUUCACAUUAUACGCCAUUUUGGCUAUAGCGGACACAGCGAUGGCAUGCGUGUUUGGUGUCAUCUGCAGCCUAUGUGGAGUGAUGUAUACCACAGUUAGAUGCAUUGGUGACGUUGUCGAUAAUUGCGAUGUGGGCCGACGGCGCAGAGAGAUCAGUUCUGACGUCGUAAAUAACAUGAUGCAGACGUCAAAGCCUAUAGGCAACUUUUUGCAGAUAAUGAGUGAGUUCUUCGGAGACGAAGCAAUGUUCGAUGUUGAAACCUCAUGGUUCCAAACGUUCAAACAGACUGUAGCGGACGAUACUGACUUGGGUCAAAUGCUUUCGGAACAAGAACGCACAUCUAUUAUAAACUUCGUAAAAAACGAAACCUCGAAGGCGAUUAUGAGUAGAUUUCUGGAACGGUGGAAUAACACAGCAUCUGCGUGGAACAACGGCAGUCUUACAGAACUGGAAGACACAGGCGGUGUGAUAAGUCUGUCUCGCCUAAAACCCAAAAUUCAACAGUAUCAAACCGACACAGAUGCCGCCUUGGCAAAGGGUUAUGCUAACAUAUUUUUCCAAUAUGACAAUGCAUCUUCUGUCUACAAACAAGCAGAGGAAAAAGAGAGGUCGGAAGGAGGUUCGAAGGAGGACGGUGUUUGUGCAAGAGUUAGAGUUCGCAUUCUCCAAGAACUGGUUCUUACUCGCGAUGCAUUUACUGCUCGCCUGGAGAUGGAAAAUGGGGAAAACUCUGACCUUCAAAACAUCAAAGUUCAGAUAGAAAUCCGACCGACUUAUGGAUCUUCAGCGAAUUACAUCGACAAAUUUUCCAUUGGAAAGCCAACACUGAUUGGACUAAGUGGGGUAGAUGGCACUGGCAGUCUUCAAAAGGACACCUCAGGGUCAGCCGAGUGGUUGAUAAUCCCUUACUCGACCGCUGCACCUCAAGACGACACUCAGUAUGACGUUGGCGGGACAUUGUCAUAUAGCGUAGGUGGAUCAGAGUUUGCAUUGCCUUUGCUUCCGGAUACAAUAACGGUUAAGCCAAACCCUAGUCUUAUUGUUCACUAUUUCCAUGAAAAAUACGUCCAAGGAGACAAUCCGAUGACACAGACAGUGGAACCAGUUGUUCCAUUUAGUCUUGCAGUUAUGGUUAUGAAUAAGGGGUUUGGUAUUGCCCGCGCGUUAAAGAUAACAUCCGGCCAGCCGGAAAUAAUCGAGAAUGAUAAAGGAUUGUUAGUAUCAUUCGAAAUAAUUGGUGCGCAAAUGGGAUCGAACUCAAUUACGCCAUCACUGACUGUUGAUUUUGGGGAUAUAACAUCCUCUCAAACUAAAACAGCGCGAUGGUUAAUGACGUCAUCGCUCAUGGGAAAGUUCUAUAACUACAGCGCAACAUUCGAGAACAUAAAUCCACUCGGAGAUCCUCAGUUGUCUCUCCUGGACGAUUUAGGAUACCACGAACUGUUUCAUCUUGUUCGCAUUGAAAACGCAGAUAAGGAUGACGGAUUAGAUGACUUUUUAGUGAACGACUUUAUUGAUAUUGAUGACAUUCCUGAUCGACUUUAUAAUAGCUAUAGCGGGUUGGACGUUAUGGCCGUUACACACGCGAAUAUUACAAACGUUACUGCACCAUCGUUUGUCAGAUCGAUGAACAAAAGCUACACAAAUAUUACCAUAAUAAUACAAAAACAUGUGAGCAACUGGAUAUAUAGCAGAUUGGAAAACACAUUUAGACCCAAUGAAAAACUGAUAUACGCGGAAGCUGUUGAUGGACAUCGACCGUUAUUGCUCCAAAAGAAUGUUUGGCAAACAACAUAUAUCAAAAAUAAAACAUUAAUUCACCUGUUUGACUACGUUUCCAAUUCAUCGAACAUGUCCAGCGACACGACAUAUCAACUAACAUACGGUAGUGAAAACAUGUAUGCACCUAAAUUUAACAUGACUUCCUUAGUUCAGGAGGUUCGACGUGUCACACCUGUGGGGUCUACUGUACUAAAUGUUGUAACAUACGACCUGGAUAACGAUGAGAUAGACAUACUCAUGAUGUCGAACACCACCGUGUUUAUGAUAAAGAAAACUUCGUCUUCGACCGCAUCGCUGACUGUUGUUACGCCACUUAAUCCUGGUGUUUUUGUCAUUGCACUGUUGGCGAGGGACCAUGGUAUUCCUCCAAAAACGUCCCUUGCAAAUGUUUCAUUGACCAUCACGGAUGAUAUUAACACCACUACCCCCGUUUUCUCUUCACAAUCUGCGACGUCAACUACGGAAACCUCAACUGUAUCUUCGAAUGCAAGCUCGACAGCUCUUAAAACAGCGACUCCAUCCGAAACCAUAACGUCAACUGAACCGAGUACAAAUGUAACAAUACCCACUACGGAUUAUACCAAAGACGGAUCAACCAGGAUGUCUACAACUGGCGAAAUGUCUACAUCAACCAAUUCAAACGUAUCGUCAUCGUCCACAAUUGCAAAAACAAACGCGACAGUCUCUACAACGACUACAUAUCAAACCACAGAUACACCAACUUUGUCUCCAACUACACAUGAUCUGUAUACUACAAGAGAUCCAACCGGUGGGAAUCUUUCUACCUCAACAAAGCCUUCAACCACAAACGCAACCGGUACUUCAUCAACUUCCACUGAGUCUACAUCAACAAAGUCGGUUUCCACAACUCAAAACAUAUCAACCACUACGGGAGAAUUUACGACAUCGAAUGUUUUCUCAGUGUCAACUAGGUCGACCAAUAUCACUAGUACAGUUCCUAACCAAGGAAGUGUUUUCGCAUACUCGAUUGUGCCUACCGUGAUAGGAUGCGCGGUAGGGGUCAUAGUUUUCUGGCCGUUAUUAUAAUUGUCUACGUAUGUGUAAAGAAACCGCACGCGUUUAGAAGACAUGGAAGACAUUACAGAACAUGGAGACAAUUUGAAAGUGACGUCUGGUUUAUGCAGUGAUACAUGCUUAGAGGCAAUCGCAGUGUUCAUGAAAGUGACAAAUUGUGCAUUCCCUGACAUUGUUUGGAAAUCUGUCUGCAUUUUAACGUAUAGUUAUCGUUUGUGUCCAUGUUAAUCAUUGUAUGUAUGUGUUAUAUAAACUAAAUAAGCGAUUGUAUACGCAUGAUAUGUCUUUUCAUUGAGGGUAAGAUGAUAAAAGGGUAGAAGCGACGUCCAUUAUGAUCAGGGUGAUUGCACUACAUUAAAGUUAAGGUCAUGUUACAAACUGAAACAGUACUUAUUAUGUAUUUUGUAUUUUCAUAAGGUGUUCUUCUAUCAAUGUUCAUUUAAUAAUGUAAUUUAUUGUUCAGGCAUUUAGCGUGCGGAAAUGUUAGCGAAUGGCCCGUAUCAAAUAGACAUAAAAAUAUUUAAAGUUGUAAAAAAUUGCAAUUUAUUGCUGGUUACAUGUACAUACAAUCCGAUUUUGAGUGGUUGUCAGAUACUUAUCGUUAGUUUAAACGAUCGUUAGAUUGACGGAUUAUAAGUGACAACAUUUUAACAAUGUUAGUGUUGUGAAAUAUUUGUUUAUGUUAAGGAUAAAUUGAUCUUGUUUUAUGUAAACUGUUUUACUGCUUUGUGAUCACACUAAUCUUGUGAAAUAAAAUGAUUUCAGCGUU